AUGGCCGGGCGGUGCCAAAACCUCCGCGGCGGGACGCUGCGCGCAGCCUCGGCGCUGCUCCUCCGGCGCCGUCCGCUCUCCACGGCAGCCGCUCCGGUCCUGGGCGCCGCCUCCAGCGACGCUGCCCCGCCGCCUUCCCGAGGGGCUGCAGCCCCGGCCGGUUUGCAAGAUGCCCACCGCCCCCAGCAGCAGCUGCCGCCGCCCCCAGCCGUGGACUUCGCCGACACGCGGGAGGCCUUCCGCAGCAAGACCAGCGGCGAGCUGGCCCGCGGACUGGUGGUGCUGGGGCUCAGCUCCGUCGACCUGCUGGUGGAGCGCGCCCAGCAGGUGAUGACCCUCAGCCGGAAGCUGCUGGGGCAGCGGCUCUUCGAGAAGCUGAUGAAAAUGACCUUCUAUGGGCAGUUUGUGGCCGGGGAGGAUCAAAGAGCCAUCAAGCCUCUUAUCCAGCACAACCUUGCCUAUGGUGUGGGCUCCGUGCUCGACUAUGGCGUGGAGGAGGACCUAAGCUCAGAGGAGGCUGAGAAGAAGGAGCUGGACUCCUGUACCUCUGCAUUUGAGAAGGAGACAGGCAAGCAGAGAGAAAAGCGAUACAGUGUGCAUCGCGGGUUUGGCGAUCGACGGGCCGGUGUCACCAGUGCCCGUACCUACUUCUAUGCAGAUGAAGCCAAGUGUGACCAGCGCAUGGACACCUUUCUGCAGUGCAUAGAAGCCUCAGCUAGCAGCUCAGAAAAUGGCUUCUCAGCUAUUAAACUGACUGCAUUGGGGAGGCCUCAGUUCUUGCUGCAGUUCUCGGAGGUGUUGGUGAAGUGGCAGACGUUCUUCCACCAGAUGGCUACAGAGCAGGGCAUGGGGGGUCUCGCAGCCCUGGAGACCAAGCUGGAGGUGAAGAAACUGCAGGAGGCACUGGCCAAGCUGGGAGUCGCCACCAAGGCAGAGAGCCAGCACUGGUUUACUGGUGAGAAGCUGUGUGAGUCUGGAACAGUGGACUUGCUAGACUGGAACAGCUUGAUCGAUGCCCAGACGAAGAUUUCCAAACUGCUGCUCAUUCCAAACAUGAAGACAGGGCAACUUGAGCCCCUGCUGUCUAGCUUCACAGAGGAGGAGGAGAUGCAAAUGAAACGGCUGCUGCAGAGGAUGGAUGUCCUGGCCAAGAAAGCUACGGAGUUGGGCGUGAGGUUGAUGGUGGAUGCAGAACAGACCUACUUCCAGCCAGCCAUUAGGCGCCUCACCCUGGAGAUGCAGCGCAAGUUCAACCAGCAGAGGGCAGCCAUCUUCAACACAUACCAGUGCUAUCUGAAGGGAGCUUAUGAUCACGUGACCAUGGACGUGGCUCUCUCCCGUCGGGAAGGCUGGCACUUCGGAGCCAAACUGGUUAGGGGCGCCUACAUGACUCAGGAGCGCAGCAGGGCAGCCGAACUGGGCUACGAGGACCCCAUAAACCCAACUUACCAGAAGACCAGUGAGAUGUACCACAGAUGCCUGGACUACAUCCUCGAGGAGAUCAAGCGCCGCCGGAAGGCCAACGUCAUGGUGGCUUCCCACAACGAAGACACAGUGAAGUUUGCAAUUCACAGGAUGGCAGAACUUGGCAUCCAUCCCUCUGAGAACAAGAUCUGCUUUGGGCAGCUCCUAGGCAUGUGUGACCAAAUUACCUUCCCUCUUGGCCAAGCUGGCUUCCCGGUCUACAAAUAUGUUCCCUAUGGGCCUGUGAACGAAGUGCUGCCUUACCUGACCAGGAGAGCCCAGGAAAACCGAGGCUUCAUGAAGAGAGCCAAGCAGGAGCAGCAUCUCCUGCUCGCUGAGCUCAAGAGGCGGCUGCUCUCAGGCACCCUUUUCUACAGUCCAAGCCCACCCUAGACUUGCCCUUCGAGCGCCAG